AUGUCCUACGGUGGAUACAACGGCUCGAAUGACGCUGGUAGCGGCGGUUACCGUGGUGGAUACGGUGGCGGCUACCGUGGUGGAUAUGGCGGUGGCCAGGGUGGUGGCUACGGCGGUGGCUACGGUGGUGGCUACGGUAGUGGCUACGGCGGUGGCUACGGCGGUGGCUACGGCGGUGGUUACGGUGGUGGCUACGGCGGUGGCUACGGUGGUGGCUAUGGCGGUGGCUAUGGCGGCGGAUAUAGCGGCGAAGAACUGGGUGCGGGCCUCAAUAAGGCCACUUGGUCUGAGGCGGAUCUCGUGCCAUUUGAGAAAAACUUUUACAAGGAGGAUCCGCGUGUAACUGAGCGUUCUGACGAGCAGGUCGCUGAGUUUCGCCGAGCCAAGGAGAUCACGCUCCGUGGCUCCAAUGUGCCCAAGCCUGUGAUGACCUUUGACGAGACUGGAUACCCCGACUACAUCAUGCGUGAAAUUAACAAGCUUGGAUUUACGGAGCCUUCGCCGAUUCAGUCACAGGCCUGGCCUCUGGCGAUGAGUGGUCGUGACCUUGUGGCGAUUGCCGAGACAGGUUCGGGCAAGACGAUUGGCUUUGCCCUGCCGAGUUUUGUUCAUAUCAAGGCGCAGCCGCCGUUGCAAUAUGGCGACGGUCCCAUUGCGCUGAUUCUUGCGCCGACGCGUGAAUUGGCCGUGCAGAUCCAGAACGAGUGCAGUCGCUUUGGCUCGCCGUGCCGUGUGCGCACGGCCUCGGUGUAUGGUGGUGUGCCCAAGGGACCGCAGAUCCGUGCAUUGCAGCGUGGUGCCGAGAUUGUGAUUGCGACGCCAGGACGCUUGAUUGACAUGUUGGCGAUUGGCAAGACGAAUCUGCGCCGUGUGACGUAUCUGGUGAUGGAUGAGGCGGACCGUAUGCUGGAUAUGGGCUUUGAGCCGCAGAUUCGCAAGAUUGUCGAGCAGAUUCGCCCUGAUCGCCAGACGCUCAUGUUCUCGGCGACGUGGCCUAAAGAAGUGCAGCGCAUGGCCGCCGACUUUUUGAACGACUAUGUGCAAGUCAACAUUGGCUCGAUGGAAUUGACGGCCAAUCGCAACGUGAAGCAGGUGAUUGAAAUGUGCUCUGAAUUUGACAAGCGCGGACGCCUCAUCAAGCACCUCGAGCAGAUCAGUCAGGAGAACGGCAAGGUGAUCAUUUUCGCGAACACGAAGCGCGGAGCCGAUGAUCUGACCAAGUUUAUGCGCCAGGAUGGCUGGCCUGCCCUGGCGAUUCAUGGUGAUAAGCAGCAAGACGAGCGUGAUUGGGUUUUGAGGGAGUUCAAGUCGGGUAACAGCCCUAUUAUGGUAGCGACGGCUGUGGCCUCGCGUGGUUUGGAUGUCAAGGACAUCAGCUAUGUGAUCAACUACGAUUUCCCGACGAACACGGAAGACUAUGUCCAUCAGAUUGGACGUACGGGACGUGCCGGCCGUAAGGGUGUGGCCGUCACGUUCUUCACGAGCGAGAACGCCAAGUCGGCUCGCGAGCUGGUCGGCCUCUUGCGGGACGCCGAGCAGGAGAUUCCUCCGGAGCUGCAGGAGAUGGUGCGGUAUAGCGGCGGCGGCGGCGGCGGUGGAUACCGCGGUCGUGGCGGCCGUGGCCGUGGCCGUGGCCGUGGCGGCGGCUUUGGCGGUCGCCGCUUUGGCCCCCGCAGCUCAGGGGCCAACAAUAUUCAAGUAGGUUCGCGGUGGUAA